UUGAACUAAACCCAAGAUGGGAAACCAAAUCUCACUUCGACCCUCAGAUGCCACGGGCAAAAUUGUUUUCUGUGAUGGGUCGGUUCAUGAAUUUGACAAGCCGCUAACAGUGGCAGAGCUCAUGUUGGAGCACCCACAACAGGUAGUGGUUGAGUUCCAUUCAGCUGUGAAUCAAAAAAGGCCAAAUCCAUUGCCUGCUGAUAAGAAGCUAGAGAUGAACAACAUAUAUAUGAUGCUUCCAAUAAAGCGAGGGAAGCCUGUUGGUUUGAGCAGCGAAGAAACUCGCCGCAUUCUCUUGAUCGUUAACUCUGCUCUGCAUUCCAAGUAUCUUGUGUGUUCUUCAAGGUUUCUUCCCUGGCUUACCCGUCUAUGCCAGACCACUGCAAUUGUAGAGGCUGAACCUAGGGUGGCUCAGAAAAAGGAAGAGGGGAAUGAGUUUUCUGAAUUUUUACCAGAAUUUUUAGAAGGGAGGCCAGAAUAUUUGAGUAGGCAAUUAUCAGGGAAAGGGUGGAAGCCUAACUUGGACACCAUUAAGGAGAAGAACAUUGAGAGAAAACUUACUCACUGGUUGUUCCUCAAGAAUUUUUAGUGGUAGUGAUUUUAAUUACGGUUGUUAAUUAAUGAAAAUAUGGUGGCUUUAUGUGGGUGUUCUAUAUAUGUAAGAAAGUGAUAAGAGAGUUGAGGUAUGCCUAUUGUAUGCAUGUGUAU